UGUGUGUGCGUGUUUUUUUUUUUUUGGGAGAAGAUAAUGUUAACUGUCAGAGAAGUUUCUUAUUCUCUUUGUUCCAUCGGUUCCCUAACUCUGCAUUCCAAUUCAAAACAACACUGUUGUAAUAAUAAGCCCACCAAUUACUUCCAGAAGAACAGUAAAAACUCCAUCUGCAGAGCCACUCUUACUGUCCAUAGAGAGCCUGACUCUUCAUGGAAUCUUAAGCGAUGUUUUUACAACAUAUAUUGGGGAAAAAUAACUGACUUAAAGCUUGGGAAUGCUCAUCUAUUUUGAUCUUCACAAAUAUUAUCUCCUAUAUGCCAGCAUCUUUUUGGAGGACAGUAGCACAGGCUUCUCAAGAUGGUAACUAUGUUGGACUUAUUGCCACCAUUGUUUCCUUCUUCCUCUUGGUCCUCAGCAUUGUGUAUGCUCAGAGAGGAAAAUUCCACUUAAUUAAGCCUCGAAAUUCACCAGCAGAACAGGGGGACUUGAACAAAUCUGCAUACUUACCAUUUAAGGUGAAUAGUUCGGGAGUGAUGCCAAUUAUCUUCUUGGCUCUUCCUGGAACACAUUUACGCUUUACUGGUUUGGGUGCACUAAAGAAUGCUGCUGCAACUUUGAACCCUGGGGACAAACAUUCUAUUAAUAGCCUUCUUCAACUACUACCACACAUUUCUGCAAUUGGACCCUGAUGAUGCAGUGAACAGUUAAAGAGGCAUGGUGCUUCAAUCCCUCUUGUCCGACCAGGAAAAAGCACAGCUGCAUACAUCAAAAUGGUGACAUUCUAUUUCAUUUAAUACUUUAUUUUUACCUCAUAUUUUUCUGUGUAGUGGGCAUUAUUUUAUAUUUUCUCGAGGUAAAUUAGAGGUAAAGAAAUCGAGUUGGUAGUCUUUGCAUUUCAUUUUUGUCGAUCUUCUUCAUGUAUUUUAAGUAAAAUAAUAUGCCCUUUGUCAAUUUUGCUUCAUUUUAGUUUUACUGAGUUUAAAUUUCAAUGGGCUGCUGACACUCCCACAAAAACUCUUCCCAUGACAGCCUAGCCUUAUUAACAGCAUUUCUGCCCAUCUUCAAAAGUUGGAUCAGUGAAUAGAUUGGUGUAUCUCCUUCAAUGGCCAUGAAGGAAAUUAUACACAAUGACCAAAUAUCAGAGGACACGUCAGUAAUGAACCUUAAGAGAGGUGCUAGUGAUUGAUCUAUAGUCUGGUAAUAAUCUCAUCUUCUACAUAUGAUACAGAAAUUCCGAAUCAGAAAAUCAAAGGGGUGAAUCACGUAUUGACAUUAUUUCUUAAAGUCAAUGAAUGGUUUAACUUUACUAGAGAUUGAGUUGAAUGAUGAUUAAUUUUUGUCUUACGUAUAAAGUUGCCUACUACGACAGGAAAUUUAGAAUGGUUGCUUCCAACCUAUUUCGUGAGGAAGAGACUGGAUGCUCCUGUAAAGAAUUCCAUACUACAUUGGACCAGGAGACAGAGUUUUAUCUCAAAGAAUUGUGUCAACUCAUGACCAUAUUAUUGUGUCUGUGAGACAUUGAGAAAAUUGUAAACCUCUUGAAUCUAUCUCCUUUUCACGUCAUCCCAAAUGCGUGGUUUCAAUUGUGUUUGAUUUAUGAUAAGAUCUCAUAUACUUGGUUAAAUGCAUUAAGUAUAAUGUAUUUUACUUGGAACCUUAAGUUCCUGAUUUGGUUCUUUGCUUGUACUUCAAGAUAAAUGUAUUUGAAUUUGUGCAUGUUUGGCAUACAAUAUUUAAUUUAUUAUUGUACAGUA